AGCAACGAUUGUACCCAAACUGAAGGGAAUCUCUGCUAUUCGCCCGAACCAAACCUAUUGCCUUGCCCCUAAUGUAGAAAUAAACACUUGCAUAUACUCUCUGCCAGCAAAGGACUGGCUUGUGUAGGAGUAGGCGAACAUGGCCGACGACCCAGGAACCCGGCCAAUACGUAGGAUAAAAAUCAAGUUUGGGAGCACGGUGGUGGCAACGCAGGCGGUGCGAACUUCAGGCCUUACAAGCUCAGUAUCUCAGGAUAGCAAAGAUGCAAAGUCAGGCUCUACUCUUCAUUUAGCAAAGCUCAGACAAGCGUCCCUUCAGGGAUAUGUUCCUCCAAGCGCUUCUGCUGAUGCUAUAGUCGCGCGGCUUCGUGAAGGCGAAGGCUUUGCACCCGGAUGUGAGUUACCAGCUUGGGACUUUACGGCCCCUCCCAGCAGCAACGGCCACGAGCGGCCUACAAAACGCUCCAGGCUCAUAGCUGACGCGGCCGAUGGAUCCUUACGCUCUUCCGGGCCCGCUUCGGCCUCGGACCCAAAAGUCGCGGGCGGGCGGAGCGAGCAGCCCGGACAAGUCAUCGGGCGUGCAGAGCCCCCCACAGCCACCGACAGCAAAGCAUCCCUUGCAAAGCCCGAUUCUGCCUCGGCUCGCGCGGCUGCGGGCCUGACAGCCGGCAGCGGUGACAUCAGCUCGGACAAAGCCACAAACAGCCACGCCUACCUUGCCCUCUCACCAGACCACAAUAGAAGAGACGCCACAGGACGCACCCUCUUGCCCGGGAGAGGCCCGCUCCACCCCAGCAGCGCAGGCCAGUCAUCGCGUGCAUCAUCGGCACUUGCGGGCAGCUCGCUUGCACCCUUGCAACGGUCACGGCCGUCUGCUGUGGGUGCUUCCACAACCACCACAACCACCACCACAGGACCGGCAGCACCCGCGUCUGCUGCCUCGGAAUCCGCGGCAUCCGCUGUUGCGCAAGAGCGCGGCCUCAGCAAUGCCCUUCGCGGCUCUUCGGCUUCACUUCGAGCCGCUGGGUCCUCCUUACCCGCCUCCACCUCUGCCGCCCCGACCGGUGACGGUCCCUCUACCAGCGGCCGGCAGUUACCUUCCGCCCCGCCCUCCGCCUCUGCCCGUGUCCCCUCGGGCGUGUCGGUUGAAACCCAGACGCGACACCGGGACUUCCCCAUCCUGCCAACGUCCUUUUUGGAGUUGCCGCGCCUUAGCGGUACGGCACUGUCGUUUCAGAGCAUAGGGCCCUUUGAUCUGCAGCUUGAAAAGGAGCAGCGGCCGGCGGCGUUGCUGGAGGGUCGCGUUGACGCGCAUAUAGAGGAGGCGCGUCGUACGAAGCGUGAAGGCGACGCGCUGUGCGCUCGCAACAACCGUAUUUGGACGAUAAAGUCAUUAUCGAAGUACGUGGUCGCGUCGCUGAUGUUCAUGGAAGCUGCGGAUGCGAUGUUACGGGACGUGAGGCGCGACUCUCGUAUCGUUCGGCAUGCUGCCGGGUUGUACGGCCAAACUGCCGAGCUGUUGGGCCACACGGUGUCGUACGCGGACAUGAUGAAGGGGAACGGUGUGGGCAAGGAGGCGCUGCGGCUGCUGGCGGAGCGGCUGUGCGCCAUCUGCCUGAUGUGGCAGGCGUCACUGCUCGCGAACAACUUCCGGGCGUGUGCUGAGAAGGCGCAGGCGGCGCUGAAGGAGCAGCAGCGGCAGCAGGGAGCGCAUGGAGCAGGCGCCGGAUCCAUGGGCGGUCCUGCCGCCUGCGGCCCGCUACCCUCCCCGGAGGACUCCAGCACCUCCUCUCUGCACGCCGCCACAACACACGGUGCCAGCGGCUCGCUGCCCCCCGGAGGCACCGGCGCAGCUGGCAGCAGCUCGGGCCAGCAGGGCCUGCCGGGGUUCGGUCAGGAGCAGGUGGCGGAGUUGCUGCACUACGCACGCAUUACCUCCCGCUUCUCCGAGUACAUGCGGCGAUCCAGUAAGAGCUUUGAGGCGUUCCUGGAGCGCUCAGAUGUACGGCAGGACCAGCAAGCCAAGCUGGUGUGUGUUCACCUGGCGGCGGUCUGCAUGGACAUGGGUAUGGCGCCCGGAUUAAGGAUCAUACACCAUGCUCGGGAGGCGGUGAGGACAAUGUGCGAGGACUUGGCCCGGUGACGAAGAGCCCGCCGGCACAGGGAACGACACGGCAUGGGGCUACAGGCAGGGUGGGGUGAGGGAUGGAUGGGUGGGGAGGUGAGGGUGCGGGUGGUUGAGCCGUGCUGGUUGUCUCUGUGCGGGCGGUGAAAGGAGAUGGUGGCGUUGCUUCGGGGCUGUUACCGGGGUUCUGGAGCGGGACCGGGGCACAGGAGGAAGAAGAGGAAGAGGAGGAGAAGGUGGAGCGACUUUUAGGACUUGCAGCGGUGGUGGUGUGCUACUCUUGAAUGGUGGAAUGUGGUACGACAUGGGAGAGAGAGAAAGCUCGCAAGAAACUGAGUGGGACUGAGAGUUCCAUUACCGUACGGUACAGUGCGGCGUGGACAUUGGUAUGCGGGUGGGAGGUCUACCGGUGUGGUGGGGAAGAGAGGGAAGAACGUAGGGAGAUGGCUGGCGUUGCGCGUAUGGUGAUGCGAGGACCUUGAGUCACGUGGCGCGAGCGGGUGCGGCCCCGCGCACCUCGUAUCACAGCGAGAGGGAUGAGGACGACGGGUGUCACCGCAUUGAGGGGCGUUAGAGAAGAUACAAUUGGGAAUCUUGGUCUGCUUUUUAUCGCUAUGCUUUUCACUCGCCGUGGAGUCGCUGCAAACACGGCGAUAUGAUGGUCUACUGAGGUUCAAAUGGUGCGCUUGGUUUGACAUAUAUGGUGCGCGUUUUGACACACAAGCGCGAGCGGAGAGCUGUUUGCACGGACGGUUAGGUGGUUAGGUGGUUGCAGUCUGCGGACGGCGGGGGGCGCGGCGAAAUGGAUGCGCAGCAUUAUUAACGCAGCUUUUUCGGUUUGCGGUGCUGCAUGCAUGGACAUGGGUCACUUGAAUGGCGAUUGCCCGCAUGCAUGGCCGGCUAUGGUCGGUGGCUAGCAGUCGUUGAGACGCAUGGUCUGCGCGGUAAGGAUAGGAGUGUGCUCCUCAUUUGCAUCGCUUCUAGUGCAGUAAGUUGUUACAACGGCUGCAUGUGCCGUUUCAUAGGGCGACGGAUGCAAGGGGGUGUUGCUGCUGCAGAUCAGCAGCCGUACGAAAAGAAGAUGAAGCGACGGUUAGAGAUCUGGCGGCUGGUCUGCGUUUAGGUCAUGUUCACGGUGUGUUGGUGGCAGGAGAAAGCGCGUUGUGCUACUUUUCGUCAGCUUUGCGAUGCAACCUAGUACGACAAGACAACUUGACAACACAUCACAGCAACACAUUACCGUCGCGUUAUUGACAUCAUCCGUGUGCGUGGGUGUGCCUACCUUCAAAUCCCUCGAAAUGUGUUUUUGACUGUUGACGUUUUCAAGAGGCUCUGGCUGCAUGCAUGUUUGUGUUUUUAGAUACGUACGGAGGUACGGUAUGUGUGGUGUUCUAGAUCUGGAUCUGGUAUUACGGUCGUUACCAGAACGUGCCGAUGUUGUGUUUGCUGCUUUAGUGCCCAGCUGCAGGCCUUGGUGUUGUGCAGAUUGCGGAUUCAUUACGCACUCCUUUUAGUCAGAGUCAGGGGUGGCUCAACUCCGGUACUACUUCAAGACAGGGAUACGAGUUAUAUCGCCGUUUGUGCUUGUCGAAGCUUCUGCUUAAGGGCUUUUCGCUCCUGAAAGCUUAUGCAGAAGACGCAGUAGCGUUUCCCACCACAUCAAUCACUGCAUGGACUGUACUUGUAGCCGAACAUCGCAGGUGUACUUAUAUUGUGCUCACGACUACUUGCGUCCUUGUCUUGAUGUUUCGCGUUUCCUCUGUUCACCCUUGUUGCUGACUACGUGUAGAGUGCCCGCUAAAGGAGGUGAUUGGUGUAUGCGUGGCUUCAUGAACUGUUUUGAGCCUACGGGCCCUUGUGAGGACUGGCUGGCUGCUGCCCUGGGUUUUGCUCCGUCCGUUUCCAGGCGGUUCGGGGCAGCGACGCUGCUGUCCACUUAUGCCGCUGUUAAGAAGAUAGCUUGUCGUGACCGUUAUGAGGGUCGCUUAGCGCGCUUUCCCAUGCCGCCGAAGCCCCCGGGGCGACACGGUCGCUCGACCUAGCAGACGGUGGUAUAGUAAGGGUACAGCGCACCUAGCAGGAAAGCACAACAUGCGCGCUUGUGUUGUGCACGCUCCAAAAGUGGCGAACUUAAAGAUGCAUGUGGCAUCCUCCGCCCUAUGUAUUGUCUAGUAUCACCUGCGGAC